AUGUCAGAAGAGCCCGAACCCUUGAAGCCGCUGAGGGCACCAUUUCCUGGGAAUGGCGGAGGCUAUGGGUGGGAUGACCGAUAUGAGGAGAUUGUUAAGAUCUUUCCACAUGAGCCGCUCGAGGAGUAUCUCAGAAACGGUUACCACCCUGUGGCUCUCGGUGACAUAUUCAAUGACGGAAGAUAUGCCGUCAGGCAUAAACUGGGGUUUGGUGGCAAUGCAACUGUCUGGUUGGCAAGGGAUGGUCGCGAAAAUCAAUGGGUUGCUUUAAAGAUUAAGCAAGCCAAAGCAUCUACGGACGAUAUUGAACAGGAUCCGGAGGUUAAAGCCAUGAACUUACUCGAGCACAAAUACACCAUCCAUGGCUCUACUAAGCCAAGAUGUUUUAGUCGCCUGUUAGACUACUUCCAACACCUUGGUCCAAAUGGAACUCAUACAUGUCUCGUGACUGAGCUUCUUGGGCCAUCUAUAGCACAGAUUAAGCGAGUUUUCGACAUGAUGAUCCCUUGGGAUGACCCUGACUACCAAGAGGUCGAAACCUUCCGACCAGAUACCAUACUCAGAUCCUCGCGUCAGCUCCUAGAAGCUGUUGAAAUCCUAAGCGCCUGGGAGAUCGUUCACGGAGGUAUGGAACCGCAUGCAUCUUUCUCUUUUUGUUCUAAGCCGUCGUACUAA